UAUAAAGACGCAUAAACUGUUACUUCCUCCAUGGUUUUAUGAAUGAAAGUAUGACAUGAGAUGUUGCCUUAACUCUUGGUUACCCAGUGGAAAAUACGCUUGGAUUUAAUUGAUACUUUGGAUUGAUUCUACACAGAGGUUUUCGUCUUAGAAACUGAGAAACAUCAUUUAGAAACUGAGAGUUUCAAGGGAGAGUGAGUGGUGUUGUUUAUACCACGAGUACACCAAAACUGUUGAUACAAUAUCAUACAAUGACCUUCUCAAGACGAGCGGAGCUGAGCGUUGCAGCCCGAGGUACUUUGACGGUCUUAUUGCUCUUGUUGUGCGGCAAUGCUCACGCCCAAGAUUGUGGAAAUAUGGGCGGUGGAUGUCAGAACAACUCUGAAUGUAGGCAGUUAAAUGACAACCAGUUCUACUGCAGUUGCGUGGGUGCAUGGACGGGGGAGUUUUGUAACAUUGUAAACUUUUGUUUCAAUGGCCCGUGUGGGAACCAGGGAACCUGCCUGAACCUGGAAUUAACGUACGAAUGCCAGUGUUCGAGCGGUUUCACUGGCAGUAACUGUGAUUUUCAAGUUGAUCCGUGUCUCCCAUCACCUUGCCAAAAUGGCGGCGAUUGCUUCCCUCAAGCCAAUGCCCCAAUGGGUAUGGUCUGUGUCUGCCCAGAGGCUUUCUUGGGUGUUACGUGUGAGAAAGCAAAUCCAUGUUUCCCUCAACCUUGCCAAAAUGGCGGAGACUGUGCUGUGGACGGGACGUCUUUUACGUGCGCAUGCCCAGACGGAUACAAUGGCGCCCAGUGCCAGACACAGGAUGAUUUCUGCCUCUCCUCACCUUGCUUGAAUAACGGAGUAUGCACGGCGACAUCAAACUCCUACGUAUGUACAUGUGACACCCUUCACAAUGGAGCCAGAUGCGAAAUAAAAGUGAAACCUUGCGACCUGGGACCGUGUCAAAAUGGCGGGAAUUGCUACAACCGUAAUGACGAUAAUACAUAUUUCUGUGUAUGUUCUGAAAAUUACACGGGACUCAAUUGUGAUGCAGUCUUAACACCAUGCAACAGCAGCCCUUGCUUGAAUGGCGGUGCCUGUAUCGUUGGGGCUGGUGGUCUGAGCUACUCAUGUGGAUGUCAACAGGGAUUUCUCGGUGCUAACUGCGAAAGAGAUGACCCUUGUGAUCCUCAACCAUGCCUGAACGAUGGGACAUGUACGGAUACAGGUCUAACAUUCAGUUGCGAGUGUACCGUGGACUACACUGGCACAACUUGCCAGCAACAAGCUGUUGUACCAUGUCAAGUUAAUCCGUGCAUCAAUGGAGGCAGUUGUUUCUCCACUGAUGGAGUGACAGCGAAGUGUGCGUGCAUCAACGGAUUCUACGGAUUUACUUGUGAAUUGGUACCCGUUUGCCACGACAGUGUGAAUCCGUGUCUGAACGGAGCGACUUGUAUGGAGGUUAACUCAGCCGCGGUCUGCCAGUGUGCUGAAGGGUUUGUAGGUGUAAACUGCGAUGGAGUACCCGCUUGCCACGAGAGCCUCAACCCAUGUCUGAACGGAGCGACUUGUACGGAGGUUAAUGCAGCUGCUGUCUGCCGGUGCGCAGAGGGAUUCGUGGGUGCAACAUGCGCAAGCUUACCCGCAUGCCACGAGAGCCUUAAUCCAUGUCUGAACGGAGCGACUUGUAUGGAGGUUAAUGCAGCUGCUGUGUGUUUGUGCGCAGAGGGUUUCUUGGGUUCAACAUGUGCAAGAGUACCUGCAUGCCACGAGAGUCUUAAUCCAUGUCUGAACGGAGCGACUUGUAUGGAGGUUAAUGCAUCUGCUGUGUGUUUGUGCGCAGAGGGUUUCUUGGGUUCAACAUGUGCAAGAGUACAACCUUGUCAAGAGUCGGUCAACCCUUGCUUGAAUGGCGCCAGUUGCUUCUCCAUUGAUGACGUCACGGCUUUGUGUGUUUGCGUCAAUGACUACAGCGGAAUGAGAUGCGAAAUAGUACCCCCGUGCCACGAGACCGUCAACCCGUGUUUGAAUAAUGGCGCUUGCUCAGUCGUAGACUCCGCAGCAAUGUGUCAGUGCACGUCAGACUUCGUUGGAGAUUUCUGCGAGAGAGUUGCCCCAUGUCAUCAAAGUAUCGACCCGUGUCUGAACGGAGCAACGUGCUCAGUGGUUAAUUCAACGGCCGCAUGCAGUUGUGCCGAUGGAUUCGUAGGGGUAAACUGUGAAAGAGUGCACCCAUGUCACGAGAGCGUUGACCCCUGCCUGAAUGGAGCCGGUUGCUUCUCAAUGGACGACGUGAAUGCACUAUGUGUCUGCAUCGAUGGCUACGCCGGAGUUCACUGUCAGAUAGACCCGCCAGUCCCUCCUUGCGAUGUGAGCGUAAACCCAUGCCGAAAUGGAGCCACUUGUCUCGAGUUGGAUGAGACAUCAGUAUUGUGCAUCUGCGCUGGCGAAUACUUCGGUGACUUUUGUGAACAAGUGACACCGUGUCAUUUUAGCGUCAACCCAUGCCUGAACGGAGCAACGUGUAUGGAGCAAAGUGUUAGCCAGUCAGUUUGUAUAUGCCCACUUGGAUACACCGGAAUGAACUGCGAAAUCGCACCAGUCGACCCAUGCGAUCCCAACCCAUGUCUUAAUGGCGGUCUUUGUGACGGGGAUAUUAUCACGGGUGCUUACUUGUGCACAUGUACCCCACAGUUCUACGAAGCCAAUUGUCAGACUCCAUUUACGAAUGCUUGUGAUAGUAGUCCGUGCCAGAGCAAUGGAACGUGUUACUCCGAUAAGGAUAGUGAAGGAUACGUGUGCACCUGCGUCAAAGGAUACACUGGUCUGCAUUGCACAUUGGAAACGUGUUUCAGGAUACCAUGUGCAAAUGAUGGGGUGUGUGUCACCAACGAUAACAAUGAUUAUUGCGAAUGCAAAGAGGGACGGACAGGAGCAAACUGCGAAAUAGAGGCGGUGACUUGCCAACCAGAUUCCUGCGGCACUGGUGAAUGCCAGGUGGUACAAAAUCAGAUCGAGUGUCGAUGCAGUGGACAGGAUUACGGAGACAGAUGUGAAAAAAAUACCAAUAAUGCACGUACUUCGGAUGCCUCAUCACCCAGUCAUCUUCCAGCCCAACUCAGCAUACUUCUCGCCCUGUGUACACUAACAUUCAUCUUAAGUCCAUCGUAAUGAAGGACCAUCAAUUACAAUUGGAACUGAACGUUUUUUUAUACUCCAUACAUUCAAAUUGUUUUUAUUUUAGCUCUCACUUCCUAAAAUUUAACCCCAGAGAGUGGGGUGUGCGUGUGUGUGUGUGGUUAAAUUUGUCUCUUUGAGUAAAUUUUACGCAGACCGUUUACCGUUAUGGCGGUUUUCCGAUUUGUUGAACCUUUUGUAAAACUAAAGCGUACUCCCACUGCUGGCGUAAAGGGCGUAAACAGCCAACUUCGGUCCCAACAACGCAUGUGUUCACAUAGGGUUCUAGACUAUAGACUGCACUUCUGGUUGGCUACAUUUGGACCGAAAACGGCCCCAAGCGACCACUUUACCGAAGAAAAUGUAUCCCUAGCCAAGUGGCAACUCUCUGACUCAGACCAGAAUUUGUCCGUAAGAUUUUGGUAUGAAUGGCCUUAAAUACAUCUAGGUUGGCACAUAAAAUAAAACACAUUUCCUACAUAAGAAAGGUACUAAGAGCAAAUUUGUGCCAACCCAGUUGUAGGCCUAUAUUUGUGAGACAGAGGGCUGCGAAUAUAAAAUGUUGGUCAGAGACUUUUUAAACAAAGAAAUAUUUUAUUAUAUUUUUUAAAUUGUUGUUUUAGGCAGUAUGUUCGUUGUAUUUACACAGGUUAUCUUAGCAUAGGUCAAUGCAAAGACUGUUCAUGUAUUAUACUAAAAUCCCCCCUCCCUCCUUCCGCCCAUUCAUUCGAUUUUUAUAUAAUGGGUGCGUUCGUUUAGCUUCCCUGUGUCUACCCCGCGGUGCUCACUUGAGUGAGCCCCUGACAAGAGCCAAACGAACCACCACUCACUACUCCACAAGCAGGGCACUGGGGGCUGUAACCCGGGUGAGCCCCUGGAAUGCCGUCAAAGCUAUUCGAACACACAGGGGCAGUCCAGGGUCGACCCAGGGAAGCUAAACGAAUGCACCAUUAUUCACCUUGAGAUAAUUUCAGAAGAUAGAGGGCGCUGUGGUAUUGCCACCUAAGAGCCGUAUAUUUAGAGAGCUGCGACAUAGAGGGAUCAGUUUUGUUUGGUCACGUGUGGUUACUGGACGCCAUGUUGUCUCCAAAUGCAGCACAACCCAAUGGGCCGACUAGUCUUGCUCCCUGUGUUCUGCCAUGUGUUUUUGGGACACGGCACUGCUUCUAAUGGCAAGUUGUCGCAACUCUCGCAACAUACCGCUCUGAUGCCGUACCCCUGCACUUAGGUUAAACCAUAUAUAUAUUGACUAGAGCGCUAACGUGCUCUGCGUUUUGAAGCCACCCUGGGCGCAGACAUGUUUGAUGUGUUG